GUAAACCAAACGAUCACAGUGCUUUUUUCCGACAUUCGCGGAUUUACGGCGAUCUCGGAAAACGAAAAGCCCGAAAACGUGGUCGGACUUCUCAAUGAUUAUUUUUCGGCGAUGUCGGAAAUAAUUUUUGCCAACGGCGGCACGCUCGAUAAAUACAUCGGCGACGGUUUGAUGGCGAUCUUCGGCGCACCUAACGCCACCCCUGAAGAUGCCAAAAAUGCCCUCAAAACGGCAGUCGAGAUGCAGAAACGGCUCUUGACUUUGAAUGAUGAACUGAAAGCCAAAGGAUUCGGACAGAUCGCAGUCGGAAUCGGACUUCACACUGGC